CAACAUCCGGUUUAAGCGUCUAAGAGGGAAGUUCAGAAAGAUUUGUACAACACUGCAGCCUAUGCCGCCAAAACUUUUUAGGUUAAUUUAACUGUGUUCCAUAUCAUUAGCUUACAAAUUUCAGAAGGGAUGACAGAAAGCACAUGUCAGCAGUAGGACUGAACAGAAGAAGGACGUCGCGAGAGUCUCGUGCUGUCAAACUGAACGACAGAAAUCUGCAGACUCUGCCUCUGGCGAACACACUCUUCAGCUGACUGAUUUUAAAGGUUAUAGAUAAUGGCAUCGUUUUCUGAGACAGAAGUGCAGUUCUGGAUGGCCAAAGCAGUGAACUGGUGUGAAACUACUUCUGGGUCAACGCUUCUGGACACAAGCAGACACCUUAAUGGUCUGAGAAGCUUUCUCCAGCAACUUCUACAGGGGCUUCAACAAAUGAGCUCCACUAGCGAGGCAAUGAGGACGUUUCCUUUUGUGGGCCAGCUCUUGGGAAGACUUUGUUGGAACCCAUGUGUUAUUGCGGAUGAGAGCAGCCAGACGCUCCUGCUGCGCUGUUUGAACUGUCUGUACAGCGUUGAGCCGCUGAAUGCUAUCGAACGGAAAGCCAACAUGUGGAUCAAGAGUUUGUUGUGUCAUCUGAUAUCAGAUGAGGAGGGCAGUGUAGCUCAUGCUACAGUAAAACAUGCCGGAUUAACUCCUCAGCAAUACCACUUGGACGCUCUUGAAAAGGUGGUUUCAUUAAUGACACAGGAGGUCAUUAAAGGCUGUGAUGGUUCGCCAAACUCAUCAGCGAGGUGUUCAAACAGGAACAUUCACACAAUGUCAGCAGCAUGCGUUCCCCUGGUCACAUGUCAACAUAUGGCACCUGUCAUUGGUGCCCUGUUAAAGCACUCCCUACUGUGUGCAUCUUCCUGUCUGAGCAAAGAGUUCAUUGAAGAAGUCAGUAAGGCCUGGCUUAGCAAAAGACUUGUGAUAGAGGAAGAGGCUGUGGUGGCCCUAUAUUGUCAUAACCCCACCUGUCUUGAGGGGGCAGCAGUGAGCUUACUGGAAUCUGUAUUGUCUGAUCCUAAUGUAGUGACAGAGAGUCUGGACAAGUAUGUGAAUGAGACAUUACUGCCACAAGCAUCGGCCCUUCACUGCCACAUCUUCCUGACCAUCAAUGAGAUUUACAGGAACGUGCUGUUGGAGAUUGAUGAGAACAUUGCCGUGAGAGCCCUCAUACAGGUUUAUACCAACUGCUUCCUUCAGAGACUAAAUGCCUGCAAACCACAGGAUCGUCUACCACUCAGAGCCUUCUUUCCAAACGUGAUGCCAAGUCUACUCGUCCCUUUAUUGACAGCACCAUCAGACGUUCCCCAGGCAGCCUGGCUGGAUCAUCUGAACUGGAUAAGAAGAUCUCUUCAGAGUGUGGUGGAGAUCGAAGAGGAGGGAGAUGACGGGGCAUAUCAGGUUGUGUUUGAGGCCUGGUUCCUGCUGGUGCAGUGUGGUUUCUGGGCAGACACAGCUGCUGAGCUCCUCGUUCUGACAGACUCCGACAACUCCAAACCACUUCUCUGGCUUCUGACAUUUUUCCACCACCCCACCAACAGAGGGCACCAGAGGUCUCAACAAACCGCGGUGGCAGAAGAAGCCUGGGCUCAUAUAAGGAUGCUGUUUCAUGCUCAUCCACCCCUUCCCAGACACCUCAGUGCAAUGAAAGAGCUCCUUUCCUUAAACAUAUCUAGAAACCUCGUCCUGCAUCUGUUUUUAAACUUUGUCGUCUUUGCCCAUGGACCCGUUAACCUUACCACAGAAAUAAUUGACAAGGUGCUGAUUGACGCUGGUGUGAAGCGGAGGGCACUGUGGAUUCUCUCCUCCAUAGACUGCAGACUAAACAGAACCACCUCGCCAGAGGACAGGGUUCAGUCCAGGCUGAGGACGCUUCGGGAAACCCUCCUCGCACCCUGCAACGACAUCUUCGCGUAGAAGCUCUCAGUUUCAGGUGCUCGGGAAACUAUUUAUUGGGAGAAGGAUUUCUGGCGUGGCUCUGUUAUAUGCACCAAAAUGCUGAAUGGGACAAAAGAGAAGCCCAGCUGCUGUUUUAUUUUAAAAGCGGUUGGUGGUCUCUGGUUAAAACCGAGAAGGGCCUACAGACUCGUCUGGGCAGUCCGCAAUGAUGUACCGAGCCAAAUAAACGAAACGUAUAUGUUUAUGUCUGUUAGUAUAGAAGUGAUUUGGAGAAUAUAAAUUGACUCCUGUCAGAUUUGGUCGUAUUUUGUAAGUGUUUGGACUUUUGUUGUCUCUUUCUCGCUUGCACGCCGUACGUCUUCGCUCAGUGUCCUCCCACACACGUUUGAUGGGAGAGCAUGCCUAAAUCCCUCUUACCACAUGAAUACUUGUGUAUGUGUGUGUACGUGUACUACUCCCAAAGUGAUCCUCUUUGAAUAGUUUAGUAUCUGCGUACUGUACUUUCUAGGCUUCAUCAUCAUCAGUAGUGAGUCUCAGUCUCCAUGUCUGUUUUCCUCUGCGAUAUUUCCUCUGUCCCACCCUUUCUCAAGCAGUUCAUUACUCAAAACUGGGUCAUACUGAAUAUACUGCCGUAAGACUUAUUAAUGUUUUCUUUCAUUUGCAUAAGUGCUGUGAAAUUAAAAAGCUGAAUGUCAUUUAA